AUGACAAUAUCAUCAUUUAUAUUUUGGGCGCUGGUUACUGUUCUUGUGUGCAAUUAUUCGUAUGGAAAGAAUGGGUCAGCAGAAGAAAGUGUACUAAGCAGUGUAUACAACUACGUUACAGGGAAAGUAAGGAAUAUGGCGGACUACUUUGUUGGGCUGUUUUCCUGGAUUCUGUACACCUGUUUAGGAAUUAUGCUUUGGCUUGGCAUUUGCGGUUGUAUCAUCGAGUAUAGGUGGACUAUUUUGGGGAUAUUAUUGUUUUGUUUGCUGUACUACCAUGUGGUACAAGAAAUGGAAAAAAGAGAUUUGAAGGGAGGAGAAAAUAAAGAGAUAAACAAUCAUUACAGCUACAUUAUAGUGGGAGCUGGAUCUGCAGGUUGUGUUCUCGCUAACAGACUUUCGGAAGAUUUGGGAUCAUCGGUGCUAAUUGUAGAGGCAGGAGGUUCCGAGAAUGAACACGAAAUGAUGCACGUCCCAUUUAUGUCAGGAGUCCUGCAAGGGACAAAACAUGACUGGGAUUUCAGGACAGCUCCUCAAAAGUUUACAUGUCAAGAUAAAAAGGAUAAGAAAUGUACAUGGCCAAGAGGGCGUGUCCUCGGUGGUACAAGUUCAAUAGACUAUUUGCAGUACAUAAGAGGUAGCCGACAUGACUACGAUAACUGGGCCAGAGAGGGUGCAGAUGGAUGGAGUUACAAAGAUGUUCUUCCGUAUUUUAUUAAGUCUGAAGAUAUGCAAAUAUCAAGCCUGCGAUUUUCACCGUACCAUGGAAUGGGCGGUCCUUUGAGUGUCAGUGAUGGAACAGCCACUAAUCUCAGCGACAAUGUGUAUAGAAAGGGAAUGGAGGAAAUUGGAUACAGAGUUGUAGACUGUAAUGGAAUGACACAAAUAGGCUAUUGUUUUGGGCAAGAGACUGUAAAAAACGGAGAAAGAUGGAGUACUGCCAAGGCUUUCUUAAGACCUGCGAUGAACCGUCCAAAUCUUAACGUGGUAACAAACGCAUACGUUACAAAGAUAUUAAUAGAACAUAGGAAGGCGGUAGGAAUAACUUUGGUGAAAAACUAUGAAACAUACCAUAUAAAAGCAGAGAAAGAAGUCAUCAUUUCUGCUGGAUCCAUAAAUGCACCAAAAAUUCUGAUGUUGUCUGGUAUUGGACCAAAGGAGCAUCUCGAGUCAUUAGGGGUACAUCAGAUAAGCAGCAACAAUCCACAUAGCUCAUUUCUGGUACUAUGUACACUCCUUCAUCCUAAAAGUAGAGGGAGAAUUCAACUUCACAGUAGUGAUCCGUUUGAUCCGCCCCGUAUAGACCCCAACUAUUUGGAUCAUCCAUAUGAUAUGAAAAUGCUAUUGAAAGGAAUAAAGCAGUUGUUAAAGUUAGCCAAUACAACAGCAUUCAGAUCCAUUGGAGCAUCGCCAUUCGACCCUUAUGAUGAAAACUAUUUCCUUUACUGUAAACAUUUUCCAUACGAAUCUGACGAUUACUGGAGAUGUAGAGUAGCACUCAACUUUAUAUCUAUGUAUCAUACAACCUCCACGUGUAGAAUGGGGGCAGCUGACGAUAAAACAGCAGUUGUGGAUCCACAACUAAGAGUAAAGGGAGUAAGCAACCUGAGGGUAGUUGACGCUUCCGUCAUGCGUCAUGUUACUUCCGGAAAUACAAACGCUCCAACGAUCAUGAUUGCAGAAAAAGCCGCAGAUAUGAUUCGAGGAAUUGAUAGUGUGAAAUCAAUCCGGGAAAGACUGCAGAAUUAUAGAAAAUUAUUGAGAGAGAUGAACAAAGACUGAGUUUACAAAUAUUCAAGGACCUAGUUGUGAUUAGAGUUAUCAAAAUUGGUCCUAAAAACAAAGAUAAUCAGUAAGAUAACAAAGCAUUUGAUAAAAGGUCGUAGUGUUUUUAAUCUUAAAGUUGAUGUGCACAUAAUGGGAUCAUAUUCACGGAGUUUCAGGCUCACUAAUUAACAA